GAUGGCGGCUGCUAAUUUCCUCCCCGUUUUAGUCUUGCUAUUUUGCGGGACUCUCGCAGUCCCCUCCUGGAAGUUGUCGUCGUCGCCGCUCGCCAUCUUUUUCGCGUGCUGGGAAAAACCGGGCAGGGUGGCAGCGUCUAGAGGGGCAGCGGGGGCGGGCAUCAGGACGGCGUUCCUCACCCCGCGGGAAGGCGUCAUCGGUACCAUCGACACCCACGGGUACGACAAGGUGACAUACAUCCUGGAUCUGGCGUGCGCAGGCGCAAACGAACUACUAGUAGAGGCGUCCAAAUCGGGCAAAUUUCGCUUCGUCUACGAGUGGAUUCUGCUGUCGGACGGCGUCGUCCCCGAGAAAGACGUCCGCCGCAUGUUCCACGGAAUCCGGACGCGAAUGGACAUGGACGUCAAGGUCGUUUUUCCCUCCAAGAUCGUCCGCGUGUACCGACCGGGCCUGCGCGGCGCCCUCAGGUGGCUGCGCGUGGGCCACGUCGCCGGCGGCCACCUGGUGAUGACCGACGACCUCACCUUCUACGAAUCGAGGAGGCACAUGGAAGACGUGCUAAUCAGGGCGGGUAGCGUGGCCAAAUACCCGUACAAGACGUCGUUCGACGAGUACAUGUCAGACUUGAGACUCAAAUCUUACGACAAAUACAGCAAGUUCCACUACCACGCGUUUUUGUUCCUCCGCGACGUCCACCGAUUCAGCUACAACGUGACGCUGGCACCGGCAUGGUACGGGAACCGAUCGAGCGGCGAGGACGGCGGCGUUGCCAAACUGCUCUACGAGGACACGGUGGACAUCGGCAUCGCAGGCGGCAUGAUCCGGAUGCUCGGCACCGACCGUAUCGACUUUUAUGAUUAUUUCAUGCCCUACUACAGGUUCCGGUCGGGGUUUUACUUCCGGAACCCGGGAGUGGUGAGGCCGAACUUCUACGAGGUGCUUAAACCGUUGGCUGCGAGAGUGUGGUACGCCGUCCUUGUCACCGGGUUGGUUUGCUGCGCUUGCAUGGAGGUCGUUUGGCUGAUGGAACAGCACCGCACGGACUACGAACAUUCGUUCCUUCAUUCCGUUCUGAUCCUGAUCGGGAUCUACGCCCAACAAGGUGUAUACGUCACGCCAAAACGCAUGGCCGGUCGAAUCAUACUGCUCAGUCUGCUCAUUCUCUCGCUGCUGCUCUACAAUUACUACACGUCGAGUUUAGUCUCGUCUCUGAUUAGCACAGAGCCGGAAACGCUCAAAACAAUCCGGGAGCUGUACGAAAGCAAGCUCAGAGUCGGCAUGGAACUCCAGCCGUACACGGUAACGUUCAUGUUGGACAGAAGCAAGUACGAUCGUUACCUGGACCUGCUCAACAGAACGAAAAUCUACGCCGACGGCAAACCGAACUUUCCGUCCGUGGAUGAAGGGGUGCGCUGCAUUCGCGACAGCGAUUUCGCUUACCACAUCGAGUCAGUGAGCGCGUACCCCCUGAUAGCGAAGACCUUCGACCAGGCAUCGAUAUGCGACCUUACAGAAAUAACCCUGAUCGAUAGCGACACGUCGCUGAUGCUCCAGAAGGAUUCGCAGUACAGGAAACUGUUUCAAAUAAGCUUGAGGAAAACUUGGCAGAGCGGCCUGCUGCGGAAAGUGUAUAAGACGUGGGUGGGAAGCAAGCCCGAGUGUCUGUCCAGCGCGAGGGUCAUCUCGGUCGGGGUCAACGACCUCUUUUUGCCUUACUUUUUACUAUUUAUCGGCGUGGGUGCUUCAUUUGCUUUGCUCUCUGCCGAACUGGCCUGGUCGAAGUUUAAGAAGAGGUUUAGACGCGGGCGAGCUGUUUAUCCCUUUACCAAUUAAAAACUGG